UCCAGGGCACUCUUCCUCACACAGAACUCUGUUACGUCUCUUUUGACUCUGUUUUCCCCGCAAAGUACAUUUAAAGCGUUGUCAUCUGUCAAAUUGUCUCACUUUCCGUCUUCAGCUUCUUUGUAUAUCGCUCAAAUGAUAUAUUCAUAGCCUCUAUCUACUGUGCAUUUCUCUUCUCCUCCAAGUAAUGACAAAAACCCACCUCUACUAAUCAAUAGAAAUGACUGUUCUUGCCUGCUUCCAUUCCAUUUCUUGCUGAAUUUGUCAAAGUUUUCAAGUUUCCCAUCUGGGUUUUGGACUUACUCAAUUGGGUAUUACAUGGUUGUUUCAAAGUUAGCUUCUUUGUAGCAUUGUUGCUCUUCUUCCAUUCCAUCACUUGCUGAAAUCUUUAUCUGGGUGUAUUCUAUUUUGGUCUCUUAGAUUGUAGUUUCUUACUAAACUUUCAGGAUUCUCAGUCUUCAUCAGCGUCUUCUUGCUUCUUUUUGUUUGUGAGAAUUAGUGUGAAUUCUUGUUACCUCCAAUGGCGACUUCUGCUGCAGCCCCUCCUCUCUGUACAUGGCUUGUGUCUGCCUGCAUGUCCGUUUCUUAUGAGAAACACUACACUGAUCCAAAGAGACUGAGCCCAUGGACAAAGAGAAAGAAGUUUGAUUCAAAAUGCAUUAGUCGUGGUGGUGGUGAUGCUGAUUUUGUGAGUAAUUUGCUUACAAACGGUUCUGGAAUUCAAAGUUCUUGUCUCGCAUUCGAGAAGUGCAAGGAGUAUAACCAUUCAGAAGGGCUGUUUGCACUUGUAGGAUCUCAGACGGCCUGGACUAGAAAGCAAAGGAGCAUAAAUCGUCCUGCUGCAAUCUCUGUUUCAGGCGAAACUGUGGUUGUGAGACCUGCAGAUGGGGUUACAACAGAGAAGAAACAGCUUACAAAGCAGCGGCGGGUUGUUGUGACAGGGGUGGGUGUGGUAACCCCAAUUGGUGAUGAAGUAGAUGUCUUCUACAAUAAUCUCCUUGAAGGUGUUAGUGGCAUAAGUGAGAUAGAGGCUUUUGACUGUGCUCAGUUUCCAACGAAAAUUGCUGGUGAAAUCAAGUCUUUCUCAACAGAUGGAUGGGUCUCACCCAAGCUUUCCAGGAGGGCAGACAAAUUCACACUUUACUUGAUUACCGCUGGCAAGAAAGCAUUGGCAGAUGCUGGGAUUACAGAAGAGGUCCUUGGAAAAUUAGACAAACGUAGAUGUGGGGUUAUUGUUGGCUCUGCACUAGGAGGAAUGGGGACUUUUCAGGAUGGUAUAGAAGCAUUGAGGGUUUCGUACAAGAAAAUAAAUCCUUUCGGUAUACCAUUUGCGACAACCAAUAUUGGUUCUGCUUUACUAGCGAUGGAUUUAGGAUGGAUGGGCCCAAACUACUCAAUUUCUUCAGCUUGUGCAACAAGUAACUUUUGUAUACUGAGUGCAGCACACCAUAUUAUCACCGGUGAAAUUGACGUUAUGCUUUGUGGUGGAUCUGAUGCAGCAAUUCUUCCAAUAGGCUUGGGAGGUUUUGUGGCAUGCGGAGCUCUUUCAAAAAGGAAUGGUGAACCUACCAAAGCUUCACGCCCCUGGGAUAUUAAUAGGGAUGGGUUUGUUAUUGGAGAUGGUGCUGGGGUAUUGCUCUUAGAAGACCUAGAACAUGCUAAGAGAAGAGGUGCAAAAAUAUAUGCAGAGUUUCUAGGUGGAAGCUACACUUGUGAUGCCUAUCACUUGACUGAGCAUCAUCCGGAUGGUAGUGGCCUUGCUUUUUGCAUAGAGAAGGCCUUAGUCCAAUCUAGGGUAGCUAAAGAAGAUGUAAACUAUGUAAAUGCAUAUGGUAGUUCAACACCAAGAGGUGAUCUGAAAGAAUACCGGGCCCUUAUCCAUUGUUUUGGCAAGAAUCCAGAGCUAAAAGUGAACUCUACAAAAUCUAUGACUGGUCACCUACUAGGUGCCUCAGGUGCUGUGGAAGCUGUUGCAACAGUUAAGGCAAUACAGACAGGAUGGGUACAUCCAAACAUCAAUCUUGAAAAUCCUGAUGAGGGCAUGGACAUGAAUGUGCUUGUCGGCAUCAAGAAGGAACCUUUGGACAUAAAGGUAGCACUAUCUAACUCAUUUGGCUUUGGAGGACACAAUUCAUCCAUCUUGUUUGCACCUUACAAGUGCAUCUGAUGUGUCAACUCAACCUGAAAUUAUUCGAGGGUUGAACAAAAUUAGAGUUGCUAAAGCUCGUAUUGAUAUUUUUGAAUUUGGUGGGAAAUCCAUUCUAUGAUUGUACAAAUGCUAAUCAAACCUAGUGGGCUUAUUGGAUGACUAUCUAAUGGAGAUGCAACUACUUUGAUUGCA